UAGCGUCGUGGGUCAAACCGUGCACCACUUCCGCCUAUAAAUACGGUCGAUGUUUAUUUCCUGUCGAUUUAGUGUGGGACAGUUCGUUCAAGUGUAAUAACCUACUAAAGACAAAACCAGCAUGGGGAACAGUGGGGUGGUGAUAGUGUUGGUGGUACUGGUGGCGCUGACCACGGUGAUCGCUAAUACUGCAGUGGGUUCUCCUCGGAUAGAUCAGACUACGGAUCGCGAGCAAAGUCGUCAAGUUGUUGAAGGAACCAGAUGGUGGCCAUACGGAUGGGGCUGGGGAUGGGGUUGGGGCAUAGCAGUGUUUGUGUUGGCAAUCGUCAAAGGGUCCAUUCUGUUGGGCUUGUUCGUGAUCUGGGCAUUCUUCAGAGGUUUUGGCAGGAAAUCGGGAGGUUGUGCACCGAUCAUCAUCCGUGAAUCGGCACCACCGAUAAGCUUCGAGCAUCAUCAUCCUUGGGAUCGUAGCGCGGUUGAGUACACAGGCAGAUCGAAACGCUCGCCAGACUAUCUCGAAUCGGAACUGUACUGGACCGACCUGGUGACAGAUAUUGGAUUCAGUUUCUUGGGAGUUCACACGAACGAUUGCAGGAAACGCUUCGUGUGUGAAGUGGGAGUACGAGAAAGGCGCGAUCCGUGGUUGAAGUUCGGAACGUCGGUAUUCGGAAUGGAUAUCUUCAGAAGAUACCGAUCAAUUGAUAACGAAAACGCCACCACGUUUGAGGAAUGUGCUGAAAAGUACGAAAAGUGUACGCUGGACGGGCCUUCAAUAUCUUUCAACGUUUUGACUCAGCCAAUCAACUUACUCCAAGAUAUCAAUGGCAACUUUGGAGAACAGGUGGAUCAAUCUUUCUACAAUGAAGUGACUACCGAAGCUGAUCAAGACUUGGAUGAUGUAACGGAAAUACCUACCACUACGACAACGGAGAGACCAAAGAAGAGCAAAAAGAGUUUAAAUAAGCGAAAACGAUUCUUCAAAGCUGUGUAAUCAGUCCCUUCUCGUCUGCGACUGAGUUGCCAAGACUGAUUUGAACAGUUUUGAAUGUAAAUAGAUUUAAAUCGCUUAUGGCGAAACUUUGUUCUACGAAUUCGAGAACCGAUAUUGUGCUAAACAGCUAAGAUUUUUGGAACGUUGUUGAAAGCGUUCCUUAGUUCGAAUAAGUUGUCUGUGCAGAAAUGCUUUGUAAAUACAUAUAAGUACUUAUUUAUUGAA